UAUGACAGCAUAACCACAGGACCCAAACUUUAGCUAGUAGCUGAAGCUGUAGCACAACAGCUAAGCUAUCAGUAUUCAAAAUAAAAGCUGUCGGAAGCACGUUAUCUUGUGUAUGACCGAUUUCGACGUUGAUAUGGAGCUGUAGGCAGAAUUUAUAAACGAAGUGUUGAGGAAUGGUCUGACUGCAGCAGUACCAGUAAAGAUGCACAGCCGUCUGCAGGAGUUGAAGAAGGAAGAGGAGACUCUCCUCAAAAUCAAAGUCAUGCUACAAGACCAGCUGAACAGGCUGAAGUUUGAAGAAGGGGCCUUGAAAUCUAUCAUUAAUGCUCAAACAGAAGAAGGAGCCUCUCAACGUUCAACCCCAGAAACUGAGGUUAAUAUUAACCUUGACGAUGAAAGUGAGAUCAAUCAGACCAAACUGCUACUGAACGCUGCUGUAGAUUAUGAUAUGGAGGAGGACGACGACGAUGAGGAGGAGGAAGACGAAGAGAACGAUGAAGAAGAUGAGAACGGGUUUGAGUUUGUGCCUGAGGAGGAUGAGGAAGAGGAUGAUUACUGAGAUUCCCAGUGUUUCAUGGGGCUUCAAUAUUUGCACCACUGAAGAAAAAAACACAUGUAAACGGACAUCUGUUUAUUUGUUCACCUGUUUUGUACUAUCACUUAGAAAGUUUAAUUUAUUUGGAUGGAGUGAGUAACAGUUACAGUGUAAUGAUGUGUGGUGCGAACAGUAUCCUCUCCUCUGCCUGAUUGAAGGCAUGUCAUCCAGAUUUCAAGUUAUGUUAGAAUAAACCUUUUUCACAGCAGCCAUUUUGACAUGAAAUAGUAGGGUAAACACAGGUGUAACCACUGACUAAUUAAGGUUCUGUUCCAUUUAGUGUAGCAAAGUCUUUCCAGUGAGCCACCAUGCACAAUAGCAGCACCCUGAUCGUUUCACCUGAAUGGAAAAAAACCUUAGUUAGUAUGAUUGGUAAUACCUGUGUUUACCCUACUAUCUCAUGUCAAAAUGACUGCUGUGAAAAGGGUCUAUUCAUGUGUCAAAUCUUGUGCGAAAUGUAGUAAGACAGUGUUAUUAGGUGCUUAUAGCUUACUAUACAUAUUGUGCAUUUUCAGGAUUAACAUUAAAAUGUAUGGCUGGGCCAUAUAAGAAGAUAGUGUGUAUGCAUUAUGUAAGAAAUGAUAAUUAAGCACAAAAUAAAAUGUUUUGCAUAGGG